CACACGUGUGGAAGCUUUUUCUUUUUUUUAAGAAAUUAUUUUCUACAAACCUAAACUGCAGAGGAGCAAAAACGCGAGAUGAAAGAGCGAGAAACUCUCUGCAACACCAUGAGAGAAAGCUCCUCAUACACCAUGAGAGAGGAGGGAGAAAGCUCGUCAAAUCUACAAUCUACCACAAGAGAGGAAGGAGAAACUUCGAAUCUGCAAUCAACAAUGCGAGAGGAGAGAGAAAAUUCUUUGAAUAUGCAAACAACCAUGAGAAAGGAGAGACCAAUUCAAUUCAAUUUCUCUAAUUGCGAAAUCCUAAUUCGUGGAUUGUUACAAUUUCAGAAGAAAUUUCGAGCUCCAACAAUAAUCGACCUCAACAACAUUCCAGAUUCAGAAAUUGGGGGAAAUCAAACCUUAGAACAACCUGCAAUUCAAGUUGUUCCAGAUUCUACAACUGAAGAUACAAGAAGCACUGGUUGCAGUGAUGUAGAUGUCCAGGGAUCAUUAGUUGGUUUCACCAGAAAAACAUUUGAAGAGAUUUAUGAUUUAUACAAACAACAUGCUUCUGUGAUUGGGUUUUCAGUGAGAAAGCACACAACAAGAUAUCAUACUGGAACAUUUAAUAUAAUAGAGAAAAAUUAUUGUUGCUCUGCUGAAGGCAAAACAAAUAGUAGUGAGAAAAAGAAAAAAAAGAAACAUCGAUAGUUCAAAUGGUUGAUGAGGAAGAUGUUGAUAAGAAAAAGAGAAAACCAAGAAAAGUAGCAAUCACAAGAACAGAAUGUAAAGCAUGUAUUAGAGUGAAAUUGAAUGAAGAGGGAAACUUUGAAGUAAUACAACAUGUCCUUCAUCACAACCAUGAAUUGAUAAGGAAGCCGUGGCAAUAUCUUCAUAAAUCUCAAAGGGAAAUCACAGAAGAAAAGGCAGAAUAUAUAGAAGCCAUGGGGACCUCAGGCCUUAGACCUAUGGAGUCGUUUAGAUAUAUGUGUGUAGAAGCUGGAGGUGAAGAUUGUGUAGGGCACACUGCGAUAGACCAUCUUAAUUUUUGUUCAAGACUUAGAAUGAAACAAAUAGAAGCAGGUGAUGCUCAAGCUUUAAUUGAUAUCUUGUAUCAAGAACAAGCAAAUGAUCCUGGUUUCUACUUCAGAGUAAAACUAAAUGAAGAAGGAAGGGUUUGCAACCUAUUUUGGCGAGAUUCUAUGAUGUUAGAGGAUUACAAAAUCUAUGGAGACAUAUUAGUGUUUGAUACUACCUAUAGAACAAACAAGUACAAUUUGAUUUGUGCUCCUUUUGUGGGUAUCAACAACCACUGGAAAAACUGCAUGUUUGGUUGUUCUUUUAUUGGAAAUGAGAAGAUCGAAUCCUUUGUAUAGUUACUUGAGACCUUUAAGAAGUCAAUGGGAGGUAACUUCCCAACUACAAUUUUUACUGAUCAAGAUCAAGCUAUGGCUAAUGAGAUCGAAAAGGUAUUUUGUUGUCCCUUUGUAUUGGUAUAUUUAGGUUUGUGUUUCAUGAAGAACAAUUACUAAGAACCGAGUAUAUAUGUUGGUUGCAGGUAU